AUGCAGCGAAAAGUUAGUGGCGUGGAAGAGUCGCGAAGUGCUGCACCCAGAUGCGGCAGAGCCAAGUCAAAGGCAGCCACUUGGAAGACACUAACAUUGUCGUCUGCUGUUGCCCAGCUCGCCAGCUGCGCCAACUUUCAGCCUUGCCGGCGGAAGUGCCAGGAUGAAGACAUGGAGAGUGCAUCAAGGCAGUGGAGCACAGCAACGUGCUCGAAGCUUGUCUCCACAGUACCAGGCGCUGUCGUGUGGGAAAACAGGUUCUCGAGUGCCACGGGUGUUAGACAUUUAGGUCCAGCUCCGUCCAGAAAUCAAACAAAGUGCUUCCGCUUGCUGUCGCAGCUUGGGCUCGGAUCAAACACCAGGGAACUUCUUCUGAAGGCAGUGUGGCUUCGGAUGCAGAGGCGCUCCAGAAAGGGCGUGCUGCUGCUGUCAGCACUUUUCUGCGGAUGGAAGAUCGCUCCGAGCUUCCUUGACCCCCAGCCGGUGAAGAAUGUGGUGGCAGACGUUGGGCGACCGGGGCGGCGCGACGUCCUCGGAGGCAUGGCGUUGCUUACUAUGCCAGAUGUUGCGUGGGCCAAGCGUGCAUCAAGUUCCGGUGGUGAUCAAAACUUGCCCACACAGCAGUCCAUGCCGGGUGAGAUCGAGACAGAAGAGUCCAUCAGUGAAGACUGGCAGCCUGUUGACGUCGGAGAGUCCACCCUCGUAGAUCCAGAUGAUCCGAAGUAUAAGCAGAUGUCCAAGCUUGCAAAGGAAAUUGAGAAACAGAAGGCAAAAAACGACGAGUUCGACAAGAUGACUCAGGAGGAGAAGCAGCAGAAGAUGUGUGAGCUGCUGGGCCGCGGAUGUUCCAGCAUUUGA